AUGAGUAAUAUUACAAACACUCAGGAUAGCUCGAAUAAUACCGUAGUUAGGAGCUCAAGCGCUUCAUUCGCAGCUUCAGAAGAAUCCUUUACCGGCAUUUCUCAUGAAAAAGAUAAGCAUAGAGAUACUCCGGCAGAUAGACUAACAAAGAUGCUGACAGGGCCUGCAAAAGACAGUGCAAGUCAGAUUAGUGCCGCUAUGUCAGAUAUGUCUCCCGAUGUCGUGUCCAAAGUGGAGUCCUUUGCAGAUGCGCUAUCCCGUCAUACAACGAGAAGCGGUGCCUUUAACAUGGAUUCCGGCGAUGACGAUGCGUUCGAUGCCCACGCCAUCUUUGAAAGUUUUGUAAGAGACGCUGAUGAACAAGGCAUUCAUAUCCGUAAAGCCGGUGUUACCAUAGAGAACGUAAGCGCCAAAGGUGUCGACGCAAGUGCCCUAGAGGGUGCUACCUUCGGUAACAUCCUGUGUUUACCAUUGACCAUCUUCAAAGGUAUCAAGGCUAAAAGGCAUCAAAAGAUGAGACAGAUCAUAAGCAAUGUUAAUGCCCUAGCAGAAGCGGGUGAAAUGAUUUUGGUUCUUGGAAGGCCCGGUGCCGGUUGUUCCUCCUUUUUAAAAGUGACAGCAGGUGAAAUAGAUCAAUUUGCUGGCGGUGUUUCCGGUGAUGUAGCAUAUGACGGUAUUCCUCAAGAGGAAAUGAUGAAACGAUAUAAAGCGGAUGUUAUUUACAAUGGUGAGCUGGAUGUUCAUUUCCCCUACUUAACGGUUAAGCAAACUUUGGAUUUUGCUAUCGCCUGCAAAACCCCUGCUCUAAGAGUUAAUAACGUAUCCAAAAAAGAAUACAUUGCAUCUAGAAGGGACCUAUAUGCGACGAUUUUCGGCCUAAGGCAUACCUAUAAUACUAAAGUUGGUAACGAUUUCGUUAGGGGUGUAUCUGGUGGUGAACGUAAGCGUGUCUCCAUUGCCGAAGCCUUGGCCGCCAAAGGUUCCAUAUACUGCUGGGAUAAUGCCACUAGAGGUCUAGACGCGUCCACGGCCUUGGAAUACGCAAAAGCCAUCCGUAUUAUGACAAACUUAUUGAAGUCCACUGCUUUUGUCACAAUUUAUCAGGCAAGUGAAAACAUUUACGAAACUUUUGAUAAGGUCACUGUCCUUUAUUCUGGUAAACAAAUUUAUUUUGGUUUAAUCCAUGAAGCAAAACCAUAUUUCGCAAAAAUGGGUUACUUGUGUCCUCCAAGGCAAGCAACUGCUGAAUUUUUGACCGCAUUAACAGAUCCAAAUGGAUACCAUCUGAUCAAGCCAGGUUAUGAAAAUAAGGUUCCAAGAACCGCUGAAGAAUUUGAAACAUAUUGGUUAAAUUCUCCAGAGUUUGCUCAAAUGAAAAAAGAUAUCGCUACUUAUAAAGAAAAAGUCAAUACCGAAAAGACAAAAGAAAUUUACGACGAAUCGAUGGCUCAAGAAAAAUCUAAAUAUACAAGAAAGAAGUCUUAUUAUACCGUGUCAUAUUGGGAACAAGUCAAACUGUGUACCCAACGUGGGAUUCAAAGAAUCUAUGGUAACAAGAGUUAUACAGUCAUUAAUGUCUGCUCCGCUAUUAUUCAAUCUUUUAUUACCGGAUCAUUAUUUUACAAUACCCCUUCAUCUACUUCCGGUGCUUUUUCAAGAGGCGGUGUUUUGUAUUUCGCACUGCUAUAUUAUUCUUUGAUGGGUCUGGCAAAUAUUUCCUUUGAACAUAGACCAAUCUUACAAAAGCACAAGGGCUACUCUUUGUAUCAUCCUUCAGCCGAAGCCAUUGGUUCCACUCUAGCAUCUUUCCCCUUUAGAAUGAUUGGUUUGACAUGUUUCUUUAUCAUUUUAUUCUUCCUAUCUGGGUUGCACAGGACAGCGGGAUCAUUUUUCACUAUCUAUUUGUUCUUAACCAUGUGUUCAGAGGCGAUUAAUGGUUUAUUUGAAAUGGUUUCUUCAGUAUGUGACACUCUUUCUCAAGCUAACUCUAUUUCAGGUAUUUUGAUGAUGUCCAUAUCAAUGUACUCUACCUAUAUGAUCCAACUGCCUUCGAUGCAUCCAUGGUUCAAAUGGAUAUCGUACGUGCUACCCAUCAGGUACGCUUUCGAGUCAAUGUUGAAUGCCGAAUUUCACGGUAGACAUAUGAAUUGUGCCAAUACUCUGGUUCCCAGUGGAGGAGACUAUGAUAAUUUAUCCGAUGACUACAAAGUAUGUGCUUUUGUUGGUUCGAAACCAGGUCAAUCUUAUGUGCUUGGUGAUGAUUACCUAAAAAAUCAAUUUCAAUACGUUUAUAAGCAUACAUGGAGAAACUUUGGUAUUAUGUGGUGCUUUUUACUGGGUUAUAUCGUUUUGAAAGUGAUAUUCACAGAAUACAAGAGACCUGUGAAAGGUGGUGGUGAUGCUCUUAUCUUUAAGAAAGGAUCAAAAAGAUUUAUCGCACGUGCAGAUGAAGAAUCUCCAGACAAUGUUAAUGAUAUAGAUGCCAAAGAGCAAUUUUCGAGUGAAAGUAGUGGCGCAAAUGAUGAAGUAUUUGAUGAGUUAGAAGCUAAAGGUGUUUUCAUUUGGAAGGACGUGUGCUUUACUAUCCCAUAUGAAGGUGGUAAGAGAAUGCUGUUAGACAAUGUCUCAGGUUAUUGUAUUCCAGGUACUAUGACCGCCUUGAUGGGGGAAUCAGGUGCAGGUAAAACAACUUUGUUGAACACUCUUGCGCAAAGAAAUGUUGGUAUCAUAACAGGUGACAUGCUAGUCAAUGGACGCCCUAUUGAUGCAAGUUUCGAAAGGCGUACAGGUUAUGUGCAACAACAAGAUAUACAUAUCGCUGAGUUAACUGUUAGAGAAUCAUUGCAGUUUUCUGCUCGUAUGCGUCGUCCACAACGUUUGCCUGAUUCUGAAAAAAUGGAUUACGUGGAAAAAAUCAUCAGGGUUUUAGGUAUGGAAGAGUAUGCCGAAGCCCUAGUUGGUGAGGUUGGUUGUGGUUUAAACGUUGAACAGAGAAAAAAGUUGUCUAUUGGUGUCGAAUUGGUCGCCAAACCAGACUUACUAUUAUUCCUUGAUGAACCUACAUCAGGUUUAGAUUCUCAAUCUUCAUGGGCUAUUGUUCAAUUAUUAAAAAGAUUAUCAAAAGCUGGCCAAUCCAUUCUUUGUACGAUCCAUCAACCUUCAGCUACUUUGUUCGAAGAGUUUGACAGAUUACUACUUUUGAGGAAAGGUGGACAAACUGUUUAUUUCGGAGAUAUUGGUAAAAACUCUGCCACCAUUUUGGACUAUUUUGAAAGAAACGGGGCAAGAAAAUGUGAUUCUAGUGAAAAUCCUGCUGAAUAUAUCUUAGAGGCCAUUGGUGCAGGUGCCACCGCAUCCGUCAAAGAGGACUGGCAUGAAAAAUGGUUGAACUCUGCCGAGUAUAAUCAAACAAAAGAAAAAGUACAGGAGUUAAUAAAUGAUUUAUCGAAAGAAGAAACUAAGUCCGAACUUGGGGACAAACCUUCCAAAUAUGCUACUUCUUAUGCUUACCAGUUCAAAUAUGUUCUAAUCAGGACCUCUACCUCAUUUUGGAGAAGUCUGAAUUACAUUAUGUCAAAGAUGAUGCUAAUGCUGGUUGGUGGUCUGUAUAUCGGUUUCACAUUUUUCAACGUUGGUAAAAGUUAUGUCGGCUUACAAAAUGCAAUGUUCGCAGCAUUUAUCUCCAUUAUUUUGUCCGCCCCCGCAAUGAAUCAAAUUCAAGCACGUGCAAUUGCCUCCAGAGAACUUUUUGAAGUCAGAGAAUCCCAAUCUAACAUGUUCCACUGGUCGCUGGUAUUGAUCACUCAGUACUUGAGUGAGCUUCCAUACCAUUUAUUUUUCUCGACAAUUUUCUUUGUCUCUUCGUAUUUUCCAUUAAGAAUUUUCUUCGAAGCUUCAAGAUCUGCGGUAUACUUUUUGAACUACUGUAUCAUGUUCCAGUUAUAUUAUGUCGGUCUUGGUCUAAUGAUCUUAUACAUGUCACCAAACCUACCAUCCGCUAAUGUUAUCUUAGGUUUAUGUUUGUCAUUUAUGCUUUCAUUCUGUGGUGUUACACAACCUGUCUCAUUGAUGCCUGGCUUCUGGACAUUCAUGUGGAAGGCUUCCCCAUACACAUAUUUCGUUCAGAACUUGGUUGGUAUCAUGUUGCACAAAAAACCAGUCGUAUGCAAAAAGAAAGAACUAAACUACUUCAACCCACCAAACGGCUCGACAUGUGGAGAGUACAUGAAACCCUUUUUAGAAAAAGCCACUGGUUAUAUCGAAAACCCUGAUGCUACCUCCGACUGUGCAUACUGUAUCUAUGAAGUUGGUGAUAAUUAUUUGACACACAUCAGCUCUAAGUAUAGCUACCUAUGGAGGAAUUUUGGAAUAUUUUGGAUUUACAUUUUUUUCAAUAUCAUUGCUAUGGUUUGUUUAUACUACAUUUUCCAUGUAAGACAAUCUUCCCUCCUAAGCCCGGUUUCUAUACUCAAUAAAAUCAAAAACAUAAGGAAAAAGAAGCAGUAA